AUGGCAGCUUUACAGCAACAGAUGGGUGGGGAGGGACUACCGCUAACCCCAGAAGAUGCUGUGGAGGUGCUGAUGGGUGGAGCUGCACCUAGUCUACAAGGGAUGGAGGGAGGAUACAGGACUGGGGGGCAGCAUCCUCACAAUACUCAUCCUGCUGGAUACUUGCUAAGUCCAGAAGAUAUGAAUGCACAACAGCAUCAGCUGUCUCCUCUAUCUGAACGUUUCUCUGAUGAACAAUUGGUUGGAAUGUCAGUGCGAGAGUUAAAUCGCCAGCUCCGUGGUUUCAGUAAAGAAGAGGCUUUGCGACUAAAACAACGCAGACGCACUUUGAAAAACAGAGGGUAUGCCCAGUCCUGUCGGUAUAAGCGGGUACAGCAACGCCAUGUCCUGGAGACCGAGAAGUGUCAGCUGUCACGCCAGCUACAGCAACUUCAACAGGAAGUGGUUCGGGUGACCCGAGAGAGAGACGGCUGGAGAGCACGAUAUGAGAAACUGCUGAAUGCUACAGGAGGGGGCACUGGGGCGGAUGUGCUGGGUACAGGGGGAGACACGGGGUCUGGAGCUGAGCUCUUCCUGUGA